AUGGCGCGAUCAUUGCUCAUCUUAUCUGAGUUGAUGCCGACAUCGUUCUCUUAUCGUCCCACCAGUUAUGUUCCGUCCGACGAGGUCCCAACUAUUCACGCUGUUGUAACGCAGCGAAAGUUACAACCUGCAGCUCUCGACGACCACAUCGACCUUCUUAACCGUGCAUUGAAAAAAUUACAAGGUAUCCAAGCUAGAUUGAAGGAGAAACGGGCCAUCGUGCAAGAGUCGCUGGAAUUCCACGAAACCCUGGCAUCUCCAGCAUGCUGUUCGCUACCAUCAGAGCCACUUGGAGAGAGAGUUCUUCCCCAGACAAAUUACGUUGCACCUUCAUCGGAUGAAUGCCCAACGGUCUUGACAAGGGGGUCUGCCGUCACUGGCGAGUAGUUGCCCUGUGCACUCCUCGAUUAUGGGCGUCCUUAAGGAUAUCCUUGCUUAGGGUAGACACAACUGGUGGUGACGAGUACAAGCACUGGUUAAAAAAAAGCCAGCAGUGUUCCGCUGUCCAUUCGUGUGGUGCAUGACGUGGACCUCUCAGAUAGGAAAGAGCCUCUUUCCAUACAAUGGAUCCGACCUUUUUUGGGCCGAUGUUCUGACCUUUGGUGGCAUGAGCCUCCCGUCCAAGGUUUAUUGGACAAAUCUGUUCAGUCCCUGUCACACUUUCAGGUCACCUUCUAGAAAGCACA